GAGAGACGCAAAAAGAUGGCAUUAUUUGGGAUCCAAUUUGUUUUGAGUUGUACCAUGGCCAUGUUUUUACAAAAGCUUUCGCCUUAUAUUUCGCCGGCAAGGUGGAUUCUAUGCAACGGAUGGUUAAUCAGGUAUUUGCAUCCCAGUGAUGAGCAGCUGAGAGCAUUAGCUGGAAAACCAGCUCAUUCAAAGGGAGGAAGGAAGAAAACAACCAACAAUGAAGCCAGGAAAAGUGUUUCUGGUCCAUCUAAAGACAGUAAUACGUUUACUAUAAAAUGCAGCCUUGAUAUUGAGCUUGAGAAAGCCCAGUUAAAAGAGUGUGAUGUGGUGACACAGUUCCUGUACAGUGAAUACAAAUGGCUGAUAGACUUUGCCUUCACUGCGCUUAUGUUAAAUAUUGCAAUAGAAGUGUUUGCCUUCUUUUUCCCUGCCAUCUUGUCACAGGAAUUCAAUCUUGGACUGCUKUGGAAUCUACUAGUCAUAAUGUUCUCACUAAAAGUGUUAUUUCUACUUACAGCAGCGUAUUGGCGAGGAGAGGACAGUGGAGAACGGUCUAUUUGCUUGACAUUUGGUUUCUUUUUCUUUGUUGUUGCUAUGGUAGUGUUGAUUAUUGAUGAAACAGUGYUGGACUUUGGACUGGAUUCUGGCUAUGAUUUGUUUUCCAAAAAAGCUGCAGACUUUCUACAUAAACAGGGUUUUUCUAAACRUGAGGCAGCACCUAUCUGGGUUUUCAAGUUCUGUCUUGCCUUUCUAUCUGCCUUUAUUGGUUCGUUUAUGAGUUUUCCUGGAAUGCGAGUUGCCAACAUGUACCUGGACUCACUGUACUACUGUAAAGAGACUAGAUACAUGAUUGUCCUUCUUCAUGUAAAUUUUCUGAUGCCACUUGUUCUGGUUCUUUCCUGGAUUACACCAAUUGUCAAGACACCAAUUGUAUCAGGGCACUGGCAUGGCUCAGACAAGUUGCAACCUUUGAUAAGUGAGUCCAGCUUUAAUUUUGUUCGUAUUUGUGCGGUUUUGCUGUUCUGUAUUUUACGACUCAGUCUCACCUGGGUGCAUCUUCAGUCUUACCUAAACAUGGCACAGGAAAGAAUGCAGAAGUUAAAGAGAGAAACAGGAAGAAUAACAAACUUAGACUUACAAAGGAAGGUUGCUAGUGUAUUUUAUUAUUUAUCUUCAGCGACGUUGCAGUAUCUUGCACCCACUGUUUUCAUCCUUUUUACUGCUUUAAUAGUGAGGAUGAUAGAAUUUUCUGACUGGCCGUCAUUACCAGAGGCUGGAUCAACACACUAUUCAACACUUAUAUCUAAUUCAACUCGCGAAGCUGCAUUAAGCUUGCGAGGUCUGUUAUUACCAGAGUUGUUCCAAGCAAUAUUCUCUUAUAUAUUGUGGUGGAUUUGCUCGUCGUGGUUUGUUACGUCAGUAUUCGGUGUUAUAUAUUUAAAAAUGAUCAAUACAUCAUAAAUAUGUACAAAAGUAAUCAUGAACAAUAUUAUGAAAUUCAAAUAAAGAUGCAGAAACUCUUAA